CUUUGACCCGACACUCCAGUCGAUCUCCUCUUGACCAUCCAACUUCCAACUUCCCCAGCAUCCAUUUCCAAUCCCAACAAACACCCUCUCAAAUACAUAACCACUACAAAUCAACCAACGACAUCGCAUCCUAAGCAUCAAGCAUGGCCUCUUCAACCCAACAUACAGUCCAGCCAUCAGUCGAUGACGACGACCUCAAACCAUCUCAAACUGCCGGUUACAAUCCCGGAGUUGCCAAGACCUUGGAAGAAUAUGCUAAUUUGGAUGCUCAAGAUGAAUCCUUGAGGAAGUGGAAGGAAUCUUUGGGGAUCGUCCCUGGUGGUUCGACUGGAAAACCAACGCUUUCGAUCUGUUCCUUAUCAUUACACUCACCAGAACUUAGCAAGCCGAUCGUCAUGGAUUUAACGGACCCAGAGUUAUUACAGAAGUACAAGAAGGAGCCGCUGACGAUCAAAGAAGGGGCCGAGUACUCGGUCGAGAUCGCCUUCAAGGUCGAAGGUGGUGUGAUCAGCGGUGUCAAAUACUUGCAGGUCGUUAAACGAGCGGGAGUCAAAUUAGAUAAACUCGAAUCUAUGAUCGGCUCAUACGGUCCUUCGAGUGACUUGCACGUCAAGAGAUUCGUUAGUGAAGAAGCGCCCAGCGGGAUGCUGGCUCGAUCGGGCUCGUACACCGCUCGAAGUCGGGUAAUCGACGACGAUGGAACAGUCUGGGCUGAUUUUGAAUGGUCGUUCAAGAUCGGAAAAGAGUGGUAAAAGAAAUCAUCAACAAUCAAUCCCAUUCUAACCCACACUUGUUCUUUUAUCCAUUUUUCUCUUCGUUUUUUUUUCUGUUGCUUUACCUUUUGCAUUUUUUAUUUUGGACAACUCGAAGCCGUUGUAUUUAUUUACUUUGUCAAACAACCGAUUAUUAUGGCUCGGUUCUGGGAUCACGAAUCCUGUUCUUCUCUUUUGACAUCUUUUUCCUUUGUUUUUGUUUUUUUUUGCCUAUCUAUUCUUUCUCUAUUCACACACCAGUACCUUUAGUGAUCACACACCACUAAAAGAAACAGAACAAAGAAAGACUUCUUCUGCUGUGAUCUUCCCCUCUUUUUAAACUCAUUCAGUUUGUCAGCCUCCAUCUUCCUCUUUAUCCCCCCAAAUCUUCCUCCACAUCACAGUUAAAUUAUGCUUUGAUAUGCUCUCUUUCCAAUGUCUUCUUCUCUCCUGUUGACAUCAAGUGUGUUGGAAUGGUGGUAAGGUAGUUGGAGUUUGGGAUGCCCAGAGAAAUCACACUCUUUUAUCUUCUGAGCCCUCAA